AUGGAUGGUGUUAAUUUAAGAGAUAUGGAUCCAGGUAACUUGACACUUCUUCACAUUUCUUCACAUAUUUCACCAAUUCCAUAUUUUGCCAAUAAGACUAAAAACCCUUGUUUUGCCACCAGGCUUGUUGACAAAAUGAGAGUUUUUAGCCUUAUUGGCAAAAUAUGUUAUUGGCGAAAUGUUCAGGAACCCGUUCUCUUUGAUGGAACCAUUGCAGACAACAUUAGAUACGGACUUUUGGGGGCUUCCCAAGGCGAUGUGAACGACGCAGCUAGACGGGCAGAAAGUUGGUCAUUUAUCAGUGCCCUCCCAGAUGGAAUGAGAACUCGAGUAGGUGAUCGUGGAGUUCAACUAAGUGGUGGACAGAAGCAAAGGGUGGCUAUUUGUCGAGCUGUUAUUCGAAAUCCUUCUUUAAUGAUUUUUGAUGAAGCUACCUCUGCAUUGGAUACAAAACAUGAAGGGGAAGUUCAAAAGGCGAUUGAUGCAGCAAUUAGAGGUGUUAGUACAAUUACUAUCGCACACAGACUGAGUACAAUAAGGAAGGCUGAUCGCAUUAUAGUGCUGGACGAAGGAAGAAUAGUUGAACAAGGCAGUCCUCAAGAAUUGCUCUCAAACCCUAAUGGUCAAUUUACCCGAAUGUUUCUGGAUCAAAAAUUGGCUACUUUGGUGGAACCUAAAAGACCUCCUCCUCCCGCUCAGGAUCGCUUGACUGAAUUAAAAUCUAUUACUGGAACAAGAAGGGAUUCAACUUUAGGAGGAAAGUUUAGUAUUGGACCUGCUGACCAGCCUGGAUUUAUGGACUCCUUGUUGGCUAAACGCCAGGCCUGGACUCGAUCUUCAGUUGGAGCAAACAAAAAGAUGAGUAUUGGAAAAUCCUAUUCAGUUUUAAGCAUGGAUCGAGAGAAAUUAAAAGCUUUGCCUGUUUUGUCAAAGAAAAGGUCUAUGCUGAGGUCUAAACCAAACGUUAUGGAAGUUGCUCCGGAAGUUGAGGAAGAAGUUAAAAGUUAUACGGAAGAGGAUUUUUCUUUGCCUGGAAAACACACAAAUUUAAGAGCUGUUUGGCGCCUGAUUCGUGAUUUUAAAGGAGGGCAUGUUCACUUGGCGUUGGCUAUUCCUAUUACGGUUUUGAGAGGAGCCCUGUUUUUAUUAGUUUGUUUUGAGGUUGCCUCACUUCUUGAGAUUUCUAUAGUACCUGCAGAACAACUUUCAGAAAAAGUUUUUAUUGUUGCCUGUAUUUACGUUGCGAUUAUUAUUGUCAAAACAAUGUUUGAAGCUGUUGGGAGACUCUCAGUUGCUUUAUAUGGUCAUGGUUUUUGUACUCAUAUGCGUCUUCAAAUGUUCAGACAACUAUUGCGCCAUGGAGUUGCUUAUUUUGACGAGGAUAAGAAUACACCUGGUCGACUUGUUCACAGAUUAAUUUCAGACACUGCAAGUUUAAACAGGAUUCUUGGUUCAAAGCUGGAUAUGUUAUUACCUUCACUUGUUUGUGCUUUUGUUUCUAUAACUAUUGCGUUAUUUUUAAAUUGGAAGUUAGCCUUACUCUGUGGUUUUCAAUUCCCAGCCUUCUUUUUUGUACGUAUUGUGGAAGUGCGUGAAACUAGUAAAAGACAACGUCAAAUGGCAGAAGAGGAGAAAAAGGCUGCUACAUACACAAGUAUAUUCCUCACCAACAUGCCAACAAUCAAAGCUUAUUCUCUUCAAUCACACUUUCAUCGUAUUUUUUGUGAUGCCCUCAGACCUCUUAAAAAAUCUAUGAGACGUCAAUCAAUUGUUUCUGCUUUUGUUUUUGCUUGUCAAUUUUCUUUUACUUAUAUUCUUUGUGCCAUUACUUUACAUAUUGGGGAAAUGAUGAUGUUGGCAAAUGAAAUUGGUCCUUUUGAUUACCUCAGAGUUGUUUUAUUAACCCAGUUUGGUGCAAAUUAUCUUUCUUUAUUGGUUGCUUCAGUUUCCGAUUUAAAAAAGGCUAGAACUGCUGCUGAGGGAAUUCUUAAUGUUUUGAUUGAACCUGCAGCGGAUAUGGACAACUUGAGCGAUGAAGGAUUCCGUCCGAAAUUCGAAGGCCGUCUUCGUUUACAUCGUGUUGAAUUUCGCUACCCUUCUCGACCAAUCGUUCCAAUUCUCAAAAAUAUUAGUUUUGAAGUAAAAUCAGGGGAAACUUUGGCAAUUGUUGGGCCUUCAGGUUGUGGAAAAAGUACUUUAAUGGCUUUAAUGCAAAGAAUGUAUUCUCCAACAAGAGGGCAAGUAUUGCUUGAUGGAUAUAAUUUACGUCAAAUAAAUGCUCAAUAUCUUCAUAGAGUUAUUGUUUCUGUUGGGCAAGAACCUACUUUAUUUUCUUUUACAAUAAGAGAAAAUAUUGCUUUUGGUCUCCCAGAUGAUGAAGCAGGUUUAGAUAGAGUUCAAGAAGCUGCUAAACUUGCAAAUAUUCAUGAUUUUAUUGAAUCAUUACCUAAAGGGUAUGAAACUGAAGUUGGUGAAUUUGGAGGUCAAUUAAGUGGGGGACAAAAACAGAGAAUAGCGAUUGCACGUGCUAUAAUUAGAAAACCUGUAAUUUUACUUUUGGAUGAAGCUACGGCUGCUUUAGAUUCUGCUAGUGAAAGGGCUGUACAAAGCGCGUUGGAUAGAGCUAGUCAACAUUGUACGUGUAUUCAAGGUGGGUAUAUGUUUUUGUGUUUUGUUUGUUUUUGA